UUUAUAUUGCUAUUUAAAAAAUAGAAUUAUUGACAUUAGCUAAUUGCGACGUUUUAUUUACUAAUUUUUAUUUACAAUUUGCUAAAUUAAGUAAAAUUUGUAGUUAACAUUUAAAAUUUUAUCAAAAUAUGUGCGGAAUAUUUGCCUAUCUUAAUUUCCUAGUUCCUAGAACAAGAAGAGAAAUAUUAAUUAUCUUAAUUCAAGGCCUGCAAAGAUUAGAAUAUAGAGGAUAUGAUAGUGCAGGACUGGCAAUUGAUGGAUCCUUCAAAGAUGACACAGGAGAUCAAAAAAAGUCAAAUAUAAUAGUUAUUAAAAAGCCUGGUAAAGUAAAAGUUUUGGAAGAUGAGAUAAAAAGUUUGGCAAAUGUAUUAAAUUUUGAUGAGGUGUUUGAUAUCCAUAGUGGAAUUUCUCACACAAGAUGGGCCACUCAUGGUGUGCCAUCUGCUGUAAAUAGUCAUCCUCAGCGAUCUGGUAUUGAUCAUCAAUUUUUAGUAGUCCAUAAUGGUAUUAUUAAUAAUUACAAAGAAGUUAAAAAAUUUCUGGAAACAAAAGAUAUGAAAUUUGAAUCAGAUACGGAUACUGAAAUUAUAGCUAAAUUAAUACAACAUUUAUACUAUAAGCAUCCUAAUAUGUCUUUCCUUCAAUUAGUGGAACAAGUUGCUCAACAAUUAGAAGGAGCUUUUGCCUUGUGCUUUAAAAGUACCCAUUUCCCCGGGGAAAUAGUCGCUGCUAGGCGAGGUAGCCCUCUUUUGAUCGGAAUAAAAAGUGACGCCAGAUUUAACACGGAUCACAUUCCUAUUCUUUACAGCAAAGCUCGUUCCAGACAUAGUUUAAAUGAAAGUUUUGACGACUAUAGUUUCAUAUCUGAUAGCUUAAACAUGCCCUGUUCACCUUUAGCGUUGUUUCAAGACUACCGGCCUACUAAAUCAGGGGAACCAGAAGAAAUCAUCAAUGCGGUUAAUGCCAACCGAGACAAAGUCUACGAGGCUGAAAAAAUUCUGAAACACCCUAUAGACCCAGAUGACGAAGAUACCACCCAAUUUACUCCCUCAAAACAGCGUCAAAAAGUUGAGUACUUUUUUGCCAGCGAUGCCAGCGCUGUCAUUGAGCACACAAAUCGAGUCAUAUACCUAGAGGAUGAUGAUAUUGCAGCCGUUAAGAACGGCGCCUUAUCCAUUCACCGCAUCAAACGGUCCUUAGAUGAUUCAAAGAACAGGGAAAUUGUAACGCUCAAAAUGGAAAUUCAACAAAUUAUGAAAGGCAACUAUGAGAGCUUUAUGCAAAAGGAAAUAUUCGAACAGCCCGAAUCGGUCGUUAACACCAUGCGAGGUCGUGUCAAUCAUGCCGACAACCCAUGCGCUAUAGUUCUGGGAGGCAUCAAAGACUACCUUACCGAAAUAAAACGCUGCAGACGCCUGCUAUUUAUCGCCUGUGGUACGAGUUAUCACAGUGCUUUAGCGUCUCGUGCCUUGCUCGAAGAAACGACUGAACUUCCCGUGGUAACCGAAUUGGCGAGCGAUUUUCUUGACCGAGCUACGCCCGUCUUUCGCGAUGAUGUAUGCUUUUUCAUAUCCCAAUCCGGGGAAACUGCCGAUACCCUUCUAGCCUUGCGAUACUGCAAAAGACGCGGGGCAUUGGUAGUGGGUGUGACUAACGUUGUCGGGAGCAGUAUAUGCAGGGAGAGCCAUUGUGGAGUUCAUAUCAACGCUGGACCGGAAAUUGGGGUGGCCAGCACUAAAGCUUACACAAGUCAGAUCAUAUCUUUAGUUAUGUUUGGGUUGGUCAUGUGCGAAGACAAGAUGUCAAUGCAACCUAGAAGGAUGCAAAUUAUCGAAGAAUUGAUAAAACUGCCAGAAAAAAUUAAAACCGUCCUAGCCCUCGAUAAAUCUAUAUACGAACUAGCUAAACAGAUGUACCUUAAUAAAAGCCUGCUCGUUAUGGGUCGGGGUUAUAAUUUUGCAACUUGCCUAGAAGGCGCCUUGAAAAUAAAAGAAUUGACUUAUAUGCACUCGGAAGGCAUUUUAGCCGGGGAACUAAAACACGGGCCGCUAGCUUUGAUAGAUGGCACAAUGCCUAUUAUAAUGAUUUGCACGCGAGAUGCCGUAUAUUCGAAAUGCAUGAACGCCCUACAACAAGUUAUUUCUCGCGAGGGUAAACCCGUGAUAAUAUUGGAAGAAGGUGACGAGGAAACGAAAAAGAUGUCUUCUAAAUACAUUGAAAUUCCCCACACGGUGGAUUGUUUACAAAGCAUUCUAGCCGUAAUUCCUCUCCAACUUCUCUCCUACCACAUUGCUGUUUUAAAAGGCUGCAAUGUUGAUUGUCCAAGGAAUUUAGCCAAGUCUGUAACCGUUGAAUAAAGCGUUGGAAUUCAAUUUUUUGACCAAACUUAAAUCUACAAAAUUUUUAUGCCAAUUAUAUUUAUGAUUUAUACUCACAGGAAAAAAAUGUUAAUAUAUUAAUCUAAUAUUUUAAAAAAAAAUGUAUUUAUAUUAUAAAGUCUUAUGCUUUUACUAAAAAUUAUUAUAAUAUAUAUUAUAUUUUUAGACACAUUUAUUUAAAACAACUCUAAUCGGGGUGGGGCCUUUUAUUGGAAUAUUAUCCUUUUUAAGGAAUAAUUUGUACAUUUUACUUAAUAUUUUUUAAAAAAUUGUUCAAGUUAUAUUAUGUAUAUUUACAUUUUUUUUUAUGAUUUUAAAUAUAAAUAUUUAUACGAUUGAUUCAAAUAAUAAAAUUUAUUCCAUAUU